AUGACCGAUGGCGCAUUAGAGUGCACAAAGUUUCUGCGGAGGAUCAUUGCCCCUAGGCUUUCCGUUCUGUGUACGCUCGUCCCAGAUAGCGAGCUAGGACAGCUAGGGCCUCUAACUUCCUUAUUGACUACGAAACUUUCGGCAGAUGCAAGUCUCGAUAUCAUCCAACAUGAUCCAUAUCUAUAUGUGGGCUAUGGGCUCGAUUCCCCGACAUCCAUUGAGACUGCUAUUGGAAUAGAUGAAGACGAGGCCGUACACGCAUGGAUGAAAACUAUGGCCUCUUCGAAAGGAGGCUUUGUGGGUGUGAGAAGGCAGCAUAAUGCAACGAGAUGGGUGGGGCUUGACGCACCACAGUUUCUGUUUGCUACUCAUCCAAAGACGAUCACUCAUCUUGGCGUGUAUAUGUACAAAGACCUCGACCAUCUUCUCAGCACACUCGGCGACUAUCCCACCUGCAUCCCGUCGCUUCGCGUCCUGGAACUGAAUUACUCUGGCAGCCGCUUACUCAAUCCAUUGAGACCACUUGAUUGCAAUAAAAUAAAUAUCCUCGAGUCCAUAAAACGAUGCCUAGCAAAGCGAACGGUGACGGGAUUAGAGGAGCUUCGACUCGUCGGGUGCCCGUUGUUCACUAUGUGCGACAUCGACGACAUGAAGCGACUGGUCAAAUCAGUCCGAGUUGUGCAGUAG